CAUGGACGUACUGCGGACCCGCUGGUUGGGCAUCUCUGUGGCCGUGGCACAUGGCGUGUUCUCGGGAUCACUCAACAUCCUCCUGAAGUUUCUCAUCACUAACUACCACUUCGGCUUUUUGACGCUCAUCCAGUUCCUCACGAGCAGCACCGCAGCCAUCACUCUGGCGGUGCUCCGGAGAACGGGGAGGAUCUCCGUUCCGCCGUUCACCUUCCAACUCUGCAAGGAUUUUGCACCGGUUUGCAUCCUGUCCACUCUCCAGUCCACCCUGACGCUGUGGUCCCUGCGUGGCCUCAGUCUGCCCAUGUACGUGGUGUUUAAGCGCUGCCUGCCCCUCUUCACACUCAGCAUUGGGGUCUGUGUGCUCCGGAAUGGCAUCCCGUCUGUCGGAGUGGUGGUGGCUGUGCUCAUCACCACUGGGGGAGCUGCUCUGGCUGGUGCUGGAGAUCUGACCGGGGAUCCAUUUGGAUACGUCACUGGGGUAUUGGCUGUAAUAAUCCACGCCUCGUACCUGGUCCUGAUCCAGAAGACCAGUCUGGACAGUGAGUUUGGACCCCUGACCGCGCAGUACGCCAUCGCCUGCACUGCAUCACCGGUCCUGUUCAUCUGUGCCAUCCUCUCCCUGGACAUGGUUCACAUGUGGACCUACGAGGGCUGGAAGGACCCCCCCGUCACCUGCAUCUUCAUCCUCUGCAUCUUCAUCGGCUGCGCUAUGAACUUCACCACUCUGCACUGCACCUACAUCAACUCCGCCGUCACCACCAGCUUCGUGGGCGUGGUCAAGAGCAUCGCGACCAUCACUGUCGGCAUGCUAGCUUUCAACGACGUAGCUCCAACCCGGCUAUUCAUCGGCGGCGUGGUAGUCAACACAGUGGGUUCCAUAACUUAUUGCAUCGUCAAAUAUUUCGAAACUAAGAAAAAAAGUACUUACGAAGAUUUGGAGGGCGAAGGCAAAGAUGGCGGACUUCCCGGAGAGCCGUAUAGCGAGAAACCGCAACUAAAUGGCGAUGCUAAUGGAGCAAACAUAGAAGCGGAAGGAGAAGUAGCAAUUAGUGACUUAGCUAACGGACAAGUGUUGACCGGUAAUGUGGAAGGUAGUUUGAAUUCGAAUGUUAUGACGGAAACGGAAAUGCUAGAAAUGCAAAGGGAACAUCUGCAUAGAGAAAAUGCACCCCCUAGUGGUCAAAAAGCGAGUGAUAGCUACUUGGGAGUUUGGAGAUCCAUAAAGAAUUUGCAAUUUAUGAAAAAAGACACACUCCUUGACAACAUGGAACAGCAAAGUCCAUAAGUCAAACAGAUGGACCGAAGCUAAUUUGUGUUUGUACUGCUUAGCAUGUACCGGCUAAGAUACAUGCUAUAACUGGAAAAAACUUGAAAAUGGACUUCUCGCACUGGCCAACAUGGACCGC